CAAAUCGAGGGCAGAGUGUGCCUGGGCUCCGCGCAAGUCCCCGGAGGCACUGGCACUGGACGGUGACCAGGGAGAGAGCCCGCAGGCAGGACAUGUGGCUGCUCCCAGCCCUGCUCCUCCUCAUCGUCCCAGGCUGCUUCUCCAUGUCUGGUCCGUGGUCCGUGAGCGGCCCCAGAGGGGGUUCGGCGACCAUUCAGUGUCGCUAUGACCCAGGCUGGGAAAGCUACUCUAAGUGGUGGUGCCGCGGAGAGGCCUGGGGUUCCUGCGACACCCUCCUUAAAACCACGGGGUCCGAGUGGAAGGUGCAGAGUGGCCGCGUGUCCAUCCAGGACGAUCACUGGAGGAACCGGUUCACCGUGACCAUCGAGGAGCUCCGGGCAAGCGACGAGGACGUCUACUGGUGCGGGAUCGAGAAGUCAGGAACCGACCUGGGGCACCAAGUGCGCGUGUACGUUGGCCCAGCUCUACCUGUGACAACGCAACUGGCUGUACUUGAGACAACACACCCGCCUGAACUUGAGACAACACACCCGCCUGAACUUGAGACAACAGAUAUGACUGAACUGACGUCACCAUACCCGGCUGUACCUGUGACAACAUCCGCCUGGGUCGGUCUGGCUACCUCACCUCCAAUCGCCCAGAGCAGCAACAGCAGCAUGGCUCUCACCAGAUCCCUCACCAGGUUCCUGCUCUGCAACCUGCACGUGGUGCUCCUGACCGUCAUAAAGGUGCCCCUGCUUGGGUGCCUGCUGUGCACGCUGAUGUGGCUGAGCAGGAGCCAGGGCGACCCCAAGGGGAAAUAAGUCGGUCUUUGCAGGAGACGGCAGUCCCCACGCCAUCGAGACCCUCGCCUGGGACUAGCAGAACCCCCUGCCGUCUUAUCAGAGGGUGGGCAGUGGCUGCAGUUCCAGGAGAGACGAGGGCGCCUGCUACCUGAGGGCCCCCUCAUCCUGGCCCCGGGAACACAGUCAGCUGCCCCCUCUAGGCUCAGCUCCGCACCCCAGUCUCCACCAAAGGAGCAGAGACAGGAAGAGCGAGGUGCUCCCCUCAUGCCCUGGGCCCUCGGUCACCUGCAGUCCUGCCUGUGUGGAUGCCCCGUUUCCUUGUGACUCUGCUGUGGCUCUGCCCAGGGUCAUGGACCACGGACGGCACUGCCUAGGGCUCCGGCCAGUAAUGGAAUCAAGAGUCCAGACCAACCGAUGGGUACAAAACCUGAAUUAACCCCAAAGCUCAGAGUGUGUCUAUGAGGGCAAAGACCGCCCCCCACCACCGCCACCGCCACCGCCACCACCACUGGAGGUGUCAGAGGGCUGCUGACCGCACCUCCUGUUGCAUCGGGACCUUCUGGAGAAUCACCUGAGCACAGACGAUCAGAGACAGGGCUGGACCAUCGCGCAGCUCACACCGAUAUGUCUCCUGUAUGUUCCUAUUGCAUCCAUGGAUUUCCUGGGCUCUUUGAGAUGAUACCAUUUGUUGCACUGUUUCCAUACAUUCGAGAGGGCGUGAAGGGAGCCUGAAUCAAGCACCAGGGUCAGGUGUGUCUCACGGGAUGUACCUGUGAGCCAGGGGAGGGGCGAGGGGAGUAGCCUGGCAGAUAUCUUUCUGUCCGCCGCCCCCCCCCCAAGAGAGGUAGCAACUAGGACCCCCUGUGUAGAUGCAAACUGUAAUUGAAGGCUAGGAGUGAAUAAAGAAGG